UAAUAUGACCUCACAGGCCACAUUGCUCACAAUGUAUUUUGCCAAUUUACUAUAAUCCUACCUACCAUAUACAGCCAGAGUACGUGUACAUCAAUUAGAUAUAUUACAUAUUUAACCUAACAUAUUUAUAUAUCCGCGCAUUGUGCGACUUGGAUUACUUUCUGAACCCGUCUUUAUCCCUCCUUCCCCUCACCCCCCCCCUUGGUUUUAUGUAACUAACACCGCCAACCGCCACCAUUACAACCAUUUACAACUAUCACAACCAUCACUACCGUCCACUACCGUCAUCACUACCAAUUUCCUAUGGCCCGAUACGAUUCGGCUACGAAUAUACCGAUCGAAAAUUGGAAACCGAGUUGGGGUUGGGCAGAAGUAGUCAGUUAAUAACAUAAUCUAUAUACUACUACUCCUACUCCUACUACUACUUUGAGCCGUCUACCUCUUGCGGGAAGGCCCCUUGAAUGGCCAACCCAAGGUUUAGGCUUCCCUCUUCCAGCAUAAAUGCUACCGAUGCCGCCGAUAAACCUCCCAGUCCCCCCUCCGCUUCCGCUUCCGCUCCCGUCGUAGCCGUUUCCCUCCUACAGCCCCGUGUCGCCGUUGCUCUCGGCGUGCCCAAACGUUGGCAUCAUACUCUUUCUGCCUGUCGUCUACUUUCCGUCGUCCCUCCCAUUUUAUGGGGUCUUCGUUACGCCCUACGUUUCCUGCUUGCCGACUUGCUACGUAUAUCUGAGCAAGAUCAAGGUCGUGAUGCCAGUCUUUCCUCCUUGAGAUUGACCGAGACGGCCUUGGCUGUUAUAUGGUGCUACGCCUCUGCAUACCUCGCCUUCUUUUUCACCGACUGUCUUAUGUCACGAUGGCUCAUCAACUAUACGCCACAAGCGACAGUCGUCCGCCUUUUCACCAUUAGUUGCGCUUUCGCAUACCUUACCUCGUGGAUCGUAUAUCUAGCUGGAGGAUCCCAAGACCCCGGUCUACUACUACCAGCCUGGAUCGGGAUCGCUACCAUACUGACCCUCUGUUACCACUUUACCCAACGCAAGAUCAAGAUACGAAAGGAGACAUUCGCCAGUAUCAGCGUCUUUUCUAUAGCGAGCUUCAUUAGUAUGGUGGCUUUACUACUGCAUUCCCAUUCGACUAGAGCGGGAUAUCAGAACGUCCCGAUUGUUGCAUUGACGAAACGGGCAUGCCAGAUCGGAGCAUAUAUCAUUUUUCGUAUCGUAGGCCUCACGGGAGACUUGGAUGGUUUAUGAUGCGGGUAUUGGCUUCAUAAGGGUGUGCCUGUGCUUUUGUAUCUCGGUGCCGCCAAAACGCCAAAAGAUGCCUACUAAGUUAUGGUUGUAUCGAUCUAGUGAGACUUUUAGACGUGUCUAAUUUGGCUAUUGGCAUUGGCAUUGGCAACGAGAUAUUCUUAGAGGCGUUGGAAAUUUUAUUAAAGAAGAAUCAAACUCGAGUAUCAUAGAUGUACUCUAGACUAAAUGAGACACACACACACACACACA